AUGGAUACUACUGCCGCUCUCGAAGAGCCGGUCCUACAGCUAGGUCUCGGUCUUGCAUUUCGUGCGCGGGGAGGAAGGCCCGGUGCGACAAGCGGUGGCCUAGAUGCUCGCGAUGUGUGGCCAGAGAUGUGGAGUGUCAAUACCCAACAACGCUCACCAUCCGGCGCACGACACGAUCAAGAAAAUAAUGGCAGGCUCGAUACUCUCGCUGCUGCGGAGUCUGGUCUGAGGGUGCUAAAUCCCGCAGAGGCAGAGGAAGAUGACCUUCUUAAUUGGGAUACCUAUGAUAAUAAUUUCGAGCUCAACUUUGCGGAUCUGGAAUUGGAGAUUCUAGACCCCAUCCUACAGGCGAACAGGACACCGGUCUACCAAGCACGCGAUCCUCAGAUAUCAAUACCGCCGCCCUUAGCUCUCCCACGACUCCUUACCCGCAGGCCAGAAUCAACAACCGGAGGAAAGCAAACAACGCAUCUCAUUUUGCAGACACUAAAGUCAUACCUCCACAUGAUGCUGCGGGAAAACAUCCUUCCACCGUUUAUCCACACACAUUCAUUACCUCAAUCAUUCAGUGUAAAUUCCCAGACUGCCCCUGAUUACAGCUCAAUGGGCCCUCUAGAAGUUUGCCUGAACAUAUUGGACACCAUCAAGAACUCCGCGAGCCAAAAGUCAUUCUGGAACCAUGUCCGCACCCAGUGUGAGCAGCUAUGUUCAGAGAAACAUCAGCAGCUUGGUAGAUGGGAGCUGCUAGGCGCAAUGCAGGCUCUCGGUAUAUAUAUCUUGGUUAGGCUGGGCGAGGGGGAGACAGAUGAAAACAAUAUAGACUUUUCGUUGUUGGCCGGUGUUACUCUUAGUGGCAUCCACGCUCUGAGUGAGUUGGACUCUCCGCUCAGCGAUGGGCAUGGUCUCGAUGCAAAUUGGAACGAAUGGAUCUUUGAAGAGUCAAGGAGAAGACUAUCCAUCAUAUUUCGCAUGGUCAACAUGCUCACCUACUUCCAGCCAGCGGCCAGGUGCGAUCUUCCAACAGAUCUGGUUCUCGCACCACUGCCAGCAAAAAAACCGCUCUGGGAGGCCAACAACUGGAUCGAGUGGAAGACUGAACUACAAAAGGAGCCGAGACUCCAGCAAACGGCCUUUGGACUGGCGACCACCGGGGAGCUGGUCCGGCUGAACAAGGUCUAUGGCCAGAGUGGUCCAAUAUCUCAUCUAGCGUUGGAUGCAGCGACUGUGUCAAGGAAUGCUGCCAGCUGGGAGGAGUGGUGUUCAGGCAUGGACGGGCUCGGGGCCCUUGUCAUGCUUGCUGCUUCUUCGAUGCUUUGA